GUCGAUGGCGUGCUGAUUGCGUGCGACACCAGCAUCACAGCAUUGGUCCGGUCCGGACUGCAGUCGAUUAUCAAUGGCCUCCGACAUGGCCGCCGACGAUCCAUCCGUCCAGCCGUCGUUCCCGACUUCUUCCCACCUUGUAAGUGGACGGCGAGCCGCGGCGUAGGAGAUACCAGCCAGCUCUGUCGAAACCCGGUACAAGGCAUCGAUACAUACAUAAAAGAGAGUGGGAAAAAAAAAGACUACCAGGAUAGUCUCUCUGGCUUGGGAUACGUGUAAUAGCGGGUUUCUUUUUUAUCCCUUCUCUUUUUUUUUCUGGCCCCGGAACACCGCGCGGGACGAAACCAAAGAAACUCUGCGUGCCUGGGCAGUGACAUCUAAUAUUGCUGGUUACCCGUUCGCCGAAGGGAUCGCCAUGGCCGAAACACAAACGAAGUCCAGACCUGCGUCGGUCGGGAGGAAUUCCUGGAAGACGGUUCGCACUCUCCUGCGCAGGCUGAGAACGAAAUCUUCAAGCGCCAACGGAAAGUCCCGCUCGAGGAUCAUAGAGGGCGUGAGGAAAGAUGUGGCCACCACGACAACGACGGACGAGUCCUCCGACCUCUCCAUCGCCGACUUCGUGGGGGCCAAGGUGCAGAAGGCCCUCGUCGUCGCCCGCAGGGGAGAGUACGAGAUCCGCUAUGACUUCCCCGUGCCCGCCGUCGGCGAGGAUGAGAUCAUGAUCCGCGGCCACUACGUCGGCUUGAAUCCCAUCGACUGGAAAUCUGUCGAUUACAACUUCUGCCUACCAGAAUUCCCUUGGGUUACUGGCCGAGAAAUGUCCGGAGUCGUAGCUCAAGUCGGCUCUGCCGUAACGGCAUUCAAGGAGGGCGAUUUCGUGUGGACUAGCACGUACUACAGGGACGUCCGCGCCGGCUGCUUCCAGGAAUACGUCGUCGUGCCCUCCCACACCGUCCUCCCUAUCCCGUCCACGGUACCUCUUGAGGCUGCCGCCUGCCUCGGCGUGGCCGCCUUGACCGCUUCCAUGACGCUGUGGAAGUGGCUAGGAGUACCCACGCCCCGAGAAGCCGCCACCACCGCCGCCGCCGCCGACGCCGACGAGCAGUGGCUUCUGAUCUGGGGCGGCUCCACCGUCACCGGGCAGUUCGCCACGCAGAUUGCCAGCUUGAGCGGGAUCAAGGUCAUCACCGUCAACUCUGCCGAGACCCGAUCCUUAUCCGAGCGCCUGGGCGCGCGCCGUGUUAUCGUCCGCGACGGCAAGACAGACGAACAAUUGGUGGAGGAGAUCCGAGCCGAGACGAACGGCCAAAUCACGCGAGCGAUCGAUCUGGUCGGGCCCAAGACCGCGGCCCUCGUAUUGGACGUCGUAUCCAAAGCUCGGCCCGUCGCCUUUGCGCCACUGGCUAUGAUGUCGAGCUCGCAGACCGUCCCCGAGAACGUCGUGGCCCACACCGUCGAGAUGAAGCAGUUCGUCCUCGACAAGAGCAACGUCCGCUACACCGAGGAGCUUGGGGUGCUGCUGGAAGGCGGAAACAUCAUUCUGCCCGAGCUGCACCUGAUCGAGGGGGGUCUGGACUCGGUCCAAGGCGGCCUCGAAAUGCUGAAGAAGGGAAACCUGAAGGGGAAGAAACUAGUUGUGCGGAUGUGAUAGAGUUGUCCCCUUCGAACGUUCGACUAUAGGUACAUCGAUAGACGUAGGUACAGGUGGCGUUUUUUGGAUUGUAAAACUGUACUAUCCAACUAUGUAUAUGGAGAUGAGUUGAGCUGAGUACAAGUUAGAAUUGGUCGAAUGCCCGUCACGAGAUGCCGGUUUGUCGCUGAAAAUAAAUGUCUGGUCAUAAUAAACAAAUACCAUCACAUCGCCCCCCCAU